GACGUCAGGGGGAUACGUAACUCUGCCGCGGCGCACUGAAUGCAGAAGGAUCUUGAGCGGUUAAUGCGCGCGGCUCCCUGAGAGUUGCUGUCUACUGUACUUGCCGUGCACUUAUUGAUCAGCUAAGACGCGGCUAUAUUGGCAACACAGCAUUGACACGCACAUGGCUCGAUGACAUCAUGUCCAGAUAUCAUACCCCUCUUUUCCAGAAUAUCUCCUUCCACCACCUUUUCCUUUUCACCCUCUUCCCUCUCUCCCUUCUUUCACCUCUUCUCUCUCAGUCUCCACUCAGCUGGACAUCUCCGCAUGACCCCUGCUACCAUCUAGAUGGGCGUCCGCGUCACUGCCUGUCAGAAUUCAUCAAUGCUGCGUAUGGGGUGCCUGUGACUAUGGAAGAUCUCCAGCAAGUACCUAAGACAAACAUCAGCACCUUAACAGACCUUCAUAACCCCCACAAUCUGACAUGUUGGAUGGCUGCUGAAGGCUCAAGUGGUGGGGAUUGGACUUUCACUCUUCCCCUGGGCAGACGUUUUGAAAUCACUUACAUUAGUCUUCAGUUUUGUCAACAGGUGGAGUCUGUGGAAUCCUACUCCAUCUCCAUUUUAAAGUCAAUGGACUUUGGCAAGAGCUGGCGCCCCUUACAGUUUUAUUCCAGUGACUGUAUGGGAACGUUCGGCCUUCCCGCUCAGUCGAUUGCUUUGACACGGCAUCAAGAGACAGAGCCUUUGUGUUCAGAUCACAGACCACUACAGAAGCAUCGUGGAAAUGUUGUGCUGGCUUUCUCAACUUUGGACGGACGUCCUUCAUCACCUGAUUUUGACUACAGUCCAGGGCUCCAAGACUGGGUGACUGCUACCGACAUAAAGAUAGUAUUUAACCAAACAGUGGAUAAAGUGAAAAGGCAGGAAGAGAGACGGAAUGAGGUGGAAGGUUCCUUAAGAUGGAGGAUAGGGAAAGAAAGGGAUAUUAAAGAACUGAAGUUCGGAGAGAAAGACUCAGGACCUAAAACAUCAGAGAUUUGGGAAACUAGUCGAGACAAAAAGUCAGAAAAAUCUACAAAGAGAAAUCGGAAUAAAAGUAACGUACAGCAAACUGGACACAAUGUUACCCGUAAGGAGAUGGGAUCUCAAGAUAGAGUGGGAAGAAUUAAGGUGAGGGGUCGCAAGAAAGAAAAUAUGAAGCCAUGCCAGGAUGGCACUUGUAAUUGGUCUCUAAAUAUCCCGCAGGGCUCCAAGGGGCAAGAGUUGAGGAGACGACGAAACAAUCGAGAAAGAAAAAAGUCCCAUUCGAAAUCAAGAAGAAAGACUCAACACCAGCCCCCAUCUGCUCUUUCUGCCCCAUCUAAAUUCCCUCUCGCCCUUUCCGACCUUCAGGUCGGAGGCAGGUGCAAGUGUAAUGGUCAUGCCUCUCGCUGUCGUCGUGACAACCAGGGCCGUGCCGUGUGUCAAUGCGAGCAUCAUACAACUGGACCAGACUGUGAUGUAUGUGAGCAUUUUUUUUAUGAUCGCCCAUGGCAACGGGCCACGCCCAGCCAACCACACCCGUGCGUCCCAUGUGAAUGUAAUGGUCAUUCUACUAAGUGUAGGUUCAGUAUGGCCAUGUAUCAGCAGUCUGGACGAGUCAGCGGAGGCGUUUGUUUGAAGUGUCGCCAUCAUACAACGGGGCGCCAUUGCCAGUUUUGCCAGAACGGAUACACACGUGACCACAGCAAGCCACUCAGCCAUCGCAAGGCCUGUCAAUCAUGUCAGUGCCACCCGAUGGGUGCAGUAGGCCAUUGGUGCAACCAGUCUACUGGGCAAUGUCUGUGCAGAGAGGGAGUCACAGGUCAAAGAUGUAACCGCUGUGCUCCUGGGUACAAGCAAGGCCACUCACCCCUCCGACCCUGCAUCCGUAUUCAGGAGGUUGCGCCCCCGACUGCAGUUUUCCAGCCCCAGUACAGUAUUGGUGAGGAGUGUCUUUCCUAUUGUCCACCUUCCCAAGCUAAAGUCAAAAUGAAUUUAGAAACAUAUUGCCUCAAAGACUAUGUGCUGAAGGUGCAGGUGAAAGGUAAAGAACGCUCCGGUCCCUGGUGGCAGUUUUCUGUGUUGGUCCAGACGGUUUUCCGCACAGGUUUGUCCCAUGUAAAGCGAGGCCUUCAGGCUCUCUGGGUUCCUGACCGGGACCUGAGCUGUGGCUGCCCUGCACUUCAGGUGGGCCGAAGCUUUCUUCUGAUUGGUGCAGAGGAAAGUGGGCGGAGUUGGGUCCCUGAGGAGAGGCGAUUAGUUGCGGAUCGCACGACAAUGGCCCUGCAGUGGCGGGAACACUGGAGCCCAAAAUUAAGAGGCUUUCGUGGGCAGGACACAAGGGGAAAGUGCCCACAAGGAAACAGCACCACAGAGAAACACCCUGAGCAGAAAUCGUAUGAGGAAUACACACCCCCACAUCUCGAGAAACUGCAGUCUGAAGCACAUAGACAUACACACACAAUACAUAAACACAAAAACUUACAUGGAAAAAGCACAAAUACAAUAAGGGAUCUUGAGCAAAAAGAGGACCAUAAGGCUGAAAAUAGAUAUUCCACAUCUACCUCUCCACAAUAUUUAUUGGAGAACACCAAGGAUCCUCUGUUGGAUACUUCAAGUCACGCCAAUGAGCAUGAGCAUCACCCAACAGUUUGUCCAACAUGGUCACCCAGGAGACCUGUCUGAUGGGUGAAAGACUCGGGCUGUUUCUCAAUGUCAAGGACUGGUCCUUCCAAGUCACUUCCUUCAGAGUCUAGUCGAGGCUCCUCUUUAGAAUUUGGAGAACACGGAAAUGGAACAGGCUAGCAAGUGCACGUCAUUACGUCAGUAAAAAGGUGUGCUUUCGGCAUUGCGCGCAUAGGACUGUGUGUAAUUUGAGAGUGCGAAGAGCGUGAAGGAUACACAUAUGCAUCCUUUCCUGUAUAUGGGAUAUUUUUCGAAUGAAAGACUCAGUCCUUGGUUGCAAUUCCAACGAUUCUCAACAUUGGAACAGUCCUUCGACGGAUGUCGAUGACGUAGCAUCCUUGAAAUUCUGGCUUCCGGGGAUUCUUCCUUGACAUUGAGAAAAAACCUUGGGAUGAGCUUCCACCCAGACAAGUGCAGAGAUAUUGAGGGAUUUUCCUUUCUCAUCCCUCUAUAUAGUCCAGUCCAUUUGUGAGCCACUGAUUUCACUAAAUAUUUACAUGCUGUAAAUAUUUGACUGUAUUGUGUUCUUAUAUUCAAAUUUAGGUUUGGAUAACUGGUACAUACAGUUACUUUCAUGUCAAGACAACUGUCCAGUGCUCAGAAAGUGAUUUUGGUCUUCUGAAAGAACCCGGUGUUUUGGUCACUUAUGAUGCAAAUGCUUUCCUGCUCAGGCAAUUGUGUUGUGCUAAAUGGUAGCUCACAUUCACAGUUUAUUUUAAGUUUGACAAUCAAAUAUGUGCUUUUUGUUUGAGACACGAUGUUUUCAGGUCUGAAAUUUUUACCCUAUAUGCUCAGUUGAUGUUGAUUUAGGUAAUGAAGGGAGUAAAAUGUGAAAUAUGUCAGACUGAAUUAUGCUUUCACAAUUUAGAAAUGUUUUUGUACAUUCUGGGGGCAUUUGUGAUCUUUUAUUCAACAUGUAAAUGAUAUAAAUAUUUGUGUAUCAGAGUUUUUCUUCAGAUUUACAAAACACUCUACCUCAUAAUAAACAAUGUAAAAAAAAAACAUGCAUGCUAAUGUUGUUU